AUGGCGUCUCAAAAGUCUGUUCCCUUUAUUUAUAAGCUCUACCAGCUAUUCAGGAUAUUAUCCACAUUGGUGUAUUUCUCCUUGGUCAUGCGAUGGAUGGUCUUGUUUCCUUUGGUUGGGACUAAAUUCCUUCCAGGAGGCAUUCAUGAGUAUCUGUGCUAUUCGAUGGUACUCUGCAGUAUUGGUGAGUUUUUACUGUCUUUGAAAUUUCACGGGUUCAUAGGAGGACUGUGUUCAGCUACUUCCUUGAAGGACUUUAAUUUCUUAUACUUUGUGUUUGUAAUGCACUACUACGAUGAUUACGAGUUUGCCCAAGUUUUGAAAAGUGCAGCAUAUUCCGCAUUUAUUUUAGGAUUAGGAUUUUCGCAGGCGUAUUGCCACUGGUGCAAUCUUUUCAAAGGUAUCAAAAGGAGGAAGUUUGGUAUUGUAUGGAAAUUCAUGACAUAUUUGAUGCUGCCAUUGUUGUAUAUCAGUGAGUUCUAUUUAUUAUUACUAAAUGUACAGAACCCAAGCUUCCACUCUACCCCUUUGCUCGACCUUUUUAAUAAGGUUGUGCUCGUUUUGUUUUUACCUGUUGCAUUAUCAUUUUAUAGAAAUCAGCAUUUCUAA